CAAGCAGCUUCAUCGUCCCUGCCUGAACCUGCCCAAUCUAAUAGCCGCAGCAGACAAACCGGACAGCCAGUUUCCACGUCUACCGGUCAAUGUUGAGCUCAUGUCCCGGCGAAUAUCACAAAACAAACCGAUCACAGAUACCGAAUAUGCAGCAGAUGGCUCCGAUGCCGAAAUGGAUAGUGUGGCUCCGACCACACCCAAUGGCCUACGACGAUUCCGUACCCCAUCCUUGGAAAGAAAGAGACGUGCGGACACAAACAAUGUAACCGUGUCCACAGCGGUCACAUUGAGGAAAUCCGAACCACCUGGGCCGUCUAAACUGGAAGGCAAUCAGACUGAUCCUUUAACACGCAAAGAAUUGUCACGACCACAACCAGCUACUCGUAGUCGAAGUAUUGUGAUUGUUUCAGACAACCCGCAUUCAAGUGCGCACAAGUCGCAUGAUUAUAGUUGUGGUAGUGGUGGUGGUGGUGGUGGUGGUGGUGGUGGUGGUGGUGGUGGUGGUGGUGGUGGUGGU